AUGAAACUAUGGGAUAUUUUGGAAUCUGUAAAUCUCUUUAUUCUUACUAUCCUUCAGUUAUGAGUUUUUAUAAUUUACUUUUGUGCAUUGUAUUUACGAAUAUACGAUGAUAGCUGAAGAUGGGAGGUUGGUUGGUUAAGUGGACUGUUGGACAAGGAAGUGCAACCUUUGCAUCAAGAGUGGACAACGAUUUAUUUAUUUUUGAUGGGGAAGAAUGGAGGAUUGAAUACUUUUUUUGCUUCAAAUGUCCUAUUUAAUAUAUGUGAAUAAUAUUAAAUACAACACACACACACACACACAUUUUUAUGUGAAUUGGUGUAUACUAUAAUCGCACUAUAAGGGUUGGAAGUAGAUAAUACCAAAGAAAAAAGAAAUGAAGACGUAUUAGAUUAAUUGCAUUACUUUACUCAUCUGUCGUUUUGGCUUGCCGACUGACCUAUAAGUUAUAACUAAUAAUAUUCCCACAAAGUAACCGACUCCAUUUUAAAACUUGCGCCAAAAUGGAUGUGGAAGCAUAAGUUAGGGAGUAUUUCUUUGUGAUGCCUCUUUGUCUGUAUAUGCUUGAUGUUCCCAUCUUCCAAUUGCCAUUUGCCAAACUCUCUUUCCUAAACGCUUCUCCCUUUCUCCUUAGUUUCUUUGGAGUUCUCUCCUUCUAAGCAUGGUCACGACAACUGUUACGUUGUUUACCCCACCACCACCUACCAAAGCCACACUUUCCUCAUUCCCUCUCCCAAAAACUCAUUACACAUCAAGUUCAUCAUGUUCUUCAACUUCAAGAAGGUUCAGAGUCAGGGCCUACAGCAACACCAGCAAGUUUGGAAAUUUCCUCAACUUGAAGCCUGCCCAUCAACCUGAACCCUUGGAUUUUGAUCUCCCAUGGUGCCAUCCUUCUGAUCGAUCUCGUUUUGACGUGAUUAUCAUUGGUUCUGGCCCUGCAGGCACUCGCCUAGCAGAGCAGGUUUCCCGCUAUGGAAUUAAGGUUUGUUGUGUUGAUCCUGACCCUCUCUCCAUGUGGCCUAACAACUAUGGUGUGUGGGUGGAUGAGUUUGAGAGUAUUGAUCUUGAGGAUUGCUUGGAUAAAACAUGGCCGAUGGCCUGUGUUUAUAUUAAUGAAAAAAAGACCAAGUAUUUGGACCGUCGUUAUGGCCGAGUUAGUAGGAAGAAGCUUAAGCAGAAGUUGAUUGAAGGGUGUGUCUCCAAUGGGGUUAAAUUUCACAAGGGAAAGGUAUGGCAAAUUCAGCAUCAGGAGUUUGAGUCAACAGUUCUGUGUGAUGAUGGCACAGAACUGAGAGGGAGUUUAAUUAUUGAUGCUAGUGGAUUUGCAAGUACUUUUGUAGAGUAUGAUAAGGCGAGGAACCAUGGUUUUCAGAUUGCUCAUGGGAUUCUGGCUGAGGUAGAUGAUCACCCUUUUGAUUUGGACAAGAUGGUUUUGAUGGAUUGGAGGGAUUCCCAUAUGGGGAAUGAGCCUUACUUGAGAGCUAACAAUUCCAAGUUUCCUACUUUCUUGUAUGCAAUGCCUUUCAGUUCCAAUCUGAUAUUUCUUGAGGAAACUUCCCUUGUUAGCCGUCCGGUUUUGUCUUACAUGGAGGUGAAGAAGAGGAUGGUUGCAAGGUUAAGGCACUUGGGAAUCAGAGUGAACAAGAUAUUGGAGGAUGAGAAGUGUUUGAUUCCAAUGGGGGGACCUCUUCCUAGGAUUCCUCAGAAUGUGAUGGCCAUUGGCGGCACUUCAGGGAUAGUACACCCUUCAACAGGGUACAUGGUGGCUCGAACAAUGGCCGUUGCACCAUGUGUAGCCACAGCCAUAGCAGAGUGCCUUGGCUCAACCAGAAUGAUCAGGGGGAAGCAGCUCUAUGCUAAGAUUUGGAAUAGCAUGUGGCCAAUUGAGAGCAAGCUCAACAGGCAAUUCUACUCGUUUGGAAUGGAGACUCUGUUGAAGCUUGACUUGAAUGGAUCCAGGCGUUUCUUUGAUGCAUUUUUUGACUUGAAACCUUACUAUUGGCAAGGGUUCCUCUCUUCAAGAUUGAAUCUAAAGGAACUCGCUUGGUUAAGCAUUUCACUCUUUGGACAUGCUUCAAACCCUUCCAGGUUUGACAUUGUAACAAAGUGUCCAGCACCAUUGGCUAAAAUGAUGGGCAAUAUUGCCUUGGAAUACAUUGGAUGAUGCAAGGUUGUGAAACAUGUACCAUAAUCAAUGUAUUUUCAUGUCUUAGUCGUAGCCGAAGUUGGAUAUUGAUUUGUCGAACUUUGUUCCAAAAUAAUUUAGCUGUUGGAAAUUAUUUCAGAUUAGUUGAAUGUGAAACAGACAUGCAUCCACAUCACAACCUAUGCAAAGAAAGUUUGAUUCUUUUGACCGCAAGUGUACCUUUUUCUAAUAGUGAUAGUAUUCUUUAUGCA